CAAGCUAGUGAGAGUUUGACAAACAGAAAAGCGACAGUGCCUUCAGAAUAAACGCACCGCCGCUGCUCGGAGGACAUUUUCAACGAGUUUUCCGCCAAUGAGCCAUUUACUUUGAAUGUAGCGACCGGGGCUUGUAUGUGUAACUGGAAAGUUUGACCCUGUUUGAGCCACAGUGAAUAGAUCCAUAACGCUUGGCUGAAUAUUAGACAGAAACGUAAGCUAACGCUACAUGUUCGGGAUACUUAAAACACAGGAGGAACCGUGCAGUUAAAUAUAUGGAUCCCAACCGGAUAAUCCAGGCUCUGAAAGGGACAAUCGACCCUAACCUGAGGAUAGCGGCGGAGAAUGAACUCAAUCAGUCAUUCAAGAUCAUCAACUUUGCCCCGACCCUGCUUCAAAUCAUUGUGUCUGAGCAAGUGGAGUUUCCUGUUCGCCAGGCAGCUGCCAUCUACUUGAAGAACAUGGUGAGUCAGUACUGGCAGGACAGGGAGCCAUCUCUGGGCGAGGUAGUCUUUCCAUUCAACAUCCAUGAGAAUGACCGGCAGCAGAUCAGAGACCACAUAGUGGAGGGCAUCAUCCGCUGUCCAGAGUCCAUACGUGCCCAGCUAACCAUGUGUCUGAGAGCCAUCAUCAAGCAUGACUUCCCUGGCCGCUGGACCACCAUAGUGGACAAGAUCGGCAUGUAUCUGCAGUCUCACAACAGCGGCAGCUGGUACGGCAGCCUGCUGGCUCUUUAUCAGCUGGUCAAAACUUAUGAGUACAAAAAGGCAGAUGAGAGGGAACCGUUGCUGGCAGCCAUGCAGAUCUUUCUGCCAAGGAUUCAGCAGCUCAUCAGCCAGCUGCUGGCAGAUGCCACCAUCUUCUCUGUCCUUAUCCAGAAACAGAUCCUCAAGAUCUUCCACGCUCUUGUACAGUACUCGCUGCCCUUACAGCUGAUCAACAACACAGUGAUGACUCAGUGGAUGGAAAUCUUCCGAACCAUAAUGGACCGAGACGUCCCAGCUGAGACGUUGGAGGUGGAUGAGGACGACCGUCCAGAACUGGCAUGGUGGAAGUGUAAGAAGUGGGCGUUACGCAUCAUCACCAGAAUGUUUGAACGGUAUGGAAGCCCAGGCAAUGUGACAAAGGAGUACUACGAGUUUGCAGACUUUUUCCUGAAGACAUAUGCAAUGGGCAUACAGCAGGUCCUGCUAAAGGUGGUGGACCAGUACCGACAGAAGCAGUAUGUUACUCCUCGCGUCCUGCAGCAGUGCCUCAACUACCUCAACCAGGGCCUGUCACACUCACUAACCUGGAAACAGAUGAAGCCACAUAUGCAGACCAUAUGCCAGGAAGUCAUAUUCCCUCUCAUGUGUUACAAAGAUGAGGAUGAAAAGCUCUGGCAGGAAGACCCUUAUGAGUACAUCCGGAUGAAGUUCAGUGAGUACUCCGACCUUUAUGAUGACCACACCCUACCUGCCACUGCUGCCCAGAGUGUCUUGUGUAAAGCUGCCCGCAAGAGGAAGGAGGUUCUCCCUCAGAUGAUGGAGUUUUGCCACCAGAUACUGAUGGACCCCUCUGCUGACCCUCGAAAGAAGGAUGGUGCACUACACUGCAUUGGAGCUCUGGCUGAGCUCUUACUGAAGAAGCGGAUGUACAGGGAGCAGAUGGAGCUGAUGCUGCAAAACUAUGUCUUCCCUCUGCUUAACUCUCCUGUUGGUUACCUGCGAGCCAGGUCUUGCUGGGUGCUACACUGCUUCAGCCCACUGCGUUUCCAUGAUGAGCUAGUGCUGAGGAACGCUGUGGAAUUGGUCAAACAGGAUCUGAUUGACGACAAAGAGAUGCCUGUCAAGGUGGAAGCUGCCAUAGCUCUGCAGACACUGGUCAGCAACCAGGAACAAGCCAAACUGUACAUCAGGCCCUACAUCCGGCCAGUUAUGCAGGAGCUGCUGCAUGUGGUGAAAGAAACGGAAAAUGAUGACCUGACCAACGUCAUUCAGAAGAUGAUCUGCGAGUACAACCAGGAGGUGGCUGUUAUUGCUGUUGACAUGACGCAGAACUUGGCAGAAAUUUUCACCAGGGUCCUUCAGAGUGAGGAGUACGAGGAGAAUGAGGACAAGACCGUCAUGGCCCUGGGCAUUCUCAGCACCAUUGACACAAUCCUUACCGUCAUGGAGGACCACAAGGAGAUCACUCAACAGUUGGAGGGGAUCUGUUUGCAGGUGAUCGGUCUGGUCUUGCAGAAGCCCAUCAUAGGUAUGGCAGAGUUCUAUGAGGAGAUCUUGUCACUGGCAUUCGGCCUCACCUGUCAGACCAUCUCCCCCCAGAUGUGGCAGCUUCUAGGUGUCUUGUACGAGGUCUUCCAGCACGACUGCUUCAACUACUUUACAGAUAUGAUGCCUCUUUUGCACAACUAUAUUACUGUGGAUACAGACAUGCUCCUGUCCAACCCUAAGCACUUAGAGGUCAUCUACAGCAUGUGCAAAAAGGUGCUGACUGUGGAUGCAGGUGAGGAUGCAGAGUGUCACGCUGCCAAACUGUUGGAGGUCGUCAUCUUGCAGUGCAGGGGUAGAGGCAUUGACCAGUGCAUCCCUUUGUUUGUGGAGGCAGUUCUGGAGCGUUUGAUGCGGGGGGUGAAGUCCAGUGAGCUGAGGACUAUGUGCCUGCAGGUGGCCAUUGCUGCUCUGUACUACAACCCAGCCCUGCUCAUCCACACUCUGGACAACAUGCACUUCCAACACAGCCCUCAGCCCAUCACUGCCCACUUCAUCAACCAAUGGAUGAACGACACAGAGUUCUUCCUGGGGCUCCAUGACCGUAAAAUGUGCAUCAUUGGCCUGAGCGUGCUGAUGGAGCUGCCCAACCGGCCAGCAGUGUUAGAGGGAGUCGCCGCUCAGAUUGUUCCCUCCAUCCUGCUCCUAUUCCUGGGCCUCAAACACCUCUAUGCUUCCCGCCUUAUAAACAAACCGGACCUACUCACCCAUGCAGGGGCACAGGAUGAAGACCACAAUGUUUCAGGAAGUUCCUGCUCAUCCAGCUCCAGAUGUCUUCAAGACAGGUGGUGAGGGACCACCGCCUUAGCAGUGACAGUGGACCCCAUGGUGACGGAGGAUUGUGCCCAGAGGGAUGAGGUAGAUGAUGAAGAGAAGUGGACCCAAGACUGACCCGUAAGGGACACCCAGUGAAACACCCAAACACCCAGACUUGUGGUUCCUUAGAUACACAAAUUGUUGACUGUCGGUGAGGUAUGAUGUGAACCGGGAGAGUGCAACACCAGUGAUCCCAAUGCCAGCCAGGCGGUCCAGGAGUAGUGGGUGGGAGAUGGUGUUGAAUGCUGCGCUGAGGUCCAGGAGGAUGAGAAUGGUGAGUAGUCCUGAGUUGGCUGCAUGGAUGAG